ACGUUUCCCUCAAACAGGAGAGGCUGCAGACCGCUCCGACCCUGCGAAGCGAUCACAGGUCUUCUCUGCUGCUGUUCUCCGGAUCAGAUCACCUUCUAUUCACCACUGUCAGCGCGCAUAUUAUCGGCUUAGAUUAAAAAAAAAUAAUUUAAAAAAUCCCCGCUCCUUUCCUCAUCCCAGGGUUGUUUUAUAGGAGAACUUCCAGGGGAACCAUGCAAGUUUUCUUGGCAGUGAUUUUCGCCUAUGCAGUUUCGGCAUUCAAUACCACAGAGGAGAAGACUACAUGCCCACUUGGAUAUUUUCCCUGUGGCAAUCUGACAGUUUGCCUCCCGCAGCUCCUGCACUGCAACGGCAUAGAUGACUGUGGAAAUCAGGCUGAUGAGGAAAACUGUGGAGACAAUAAUGGAUGGCCCUUACUUUUUGACAAAUAUUUUGGCAUGCCGAGUUAUAACACCAGGACCAAGUCAAAUGUAUGCUUGCUGGGCCCCAUUCCUGAGCGCUGCCUGUGCCGAGAUCUGGAGCUGUACUGUGACCAUGCUCAGCUUGGAGAAAUCCCUGUUGUGGCAAUAAAUGUCACUGAGAUGUCUUUGCAAAAGAACAGACUUCAGAGACUGAAAGCAAAAGGAUUCUUCAUCUACCAAAGCCUUCAGAAGUUAUAUCUACAGCACAACAAUAUUCAAGAUGUGAGUCCCGAUGCUUUCAGAGGGCUUCAGAAUUUAACAAGGCUAUAUCUGAGCUACAACAAGAUAACAGUCUUGAUGCCUGGAGUGUUUAAGGAUCUACACAGACUGGAGUGGCUGAUUCUUGAAAACAACAAUAUCCAUCAGAUAUCUACCAUGACAUUUUCAGGGCUGAACUCUCUUGUUUUACUGGUUUUGUUGAACAACUCACUGACAAAGUUGGAUGACAUUUGUCGGGAAAUGCCCAGGCUAAACUGGCUAGACUUGGAGGGAAAUCUAAUUGAAAAGAUUGGAAAUGCCUCUUUCCGCUCAUGCACCAUGUUGACAGUUCUGGUGUUGCAGCGAAACAGGAUCAGCUAUAUACACGAACAGGCUUUCUCAGUCCUCCAAAAGCUCGGAGAACUGGAUCUGUCCAACAACAGACUGGUGGCCUUACCUCCCAAUCUGUUUGUCUUACUGGCGGAUUUACUCCAACUAAACAUUUCCUACAAUCCCAUCGCAGAACUUCAACUGGAUCACUUUGAUAAGUUACACAAGCUAAAGUCUUUGAGCAUAGAGGGGAUAGAAAUCGAUAAUAUACAGCGAAGGAUGUUUGAACCUCUCAGAUACUUGACUCACAUCUAUUUCAAGAAGUUCCAGUACUGCGGCUAUGCCCCUCACGUACGCAGCUGCAAGCCCAACACAGAUGGCAUCUCUUCUUUUGAGGACCUACUGGCCAACAUCGUCCUACGAGUCUUUGUCUGGGUUGUUUCUGCCACAACCUGCUUUGGCAACAUCUUCGUCAUCUGCAUGCGGUCGUACAUCCGCUCCGAGAACAAACUCCACGCCAUGUGUAUCAUUUCCCUCUGCUGUGCUGACGGGCUGAUGGGUAUUUAUCUCUUCAUGAUUGGUGCGUAUGACCUGAAGUUUCGCGGCGAGUACAAUCGCCAUGCUCAAGCCUGGAUGGACAGCACUCAAUGUCAGGUCAUCGGCUCUUUGGCUAUGCUGUCCACCGAGGUUUCCGUUCUGCUCCUCACAUAUCUCACCCUGGAGAAGUACAUCUGCAUCGUCUACCCUUUUCACUAUCUGACCCCCGGCUGGAGAAGAACCGUCAGUAUCCUGUUCGGGAUAUGGGUGUUUGGAUUUAUAGUUGCCUUUUUGCCUCUGGCCUGCAAGGGUUUAUUUCGUAACUUCUAUGGAACCAACGGGGUCUGCUUCCCUCUGCACUCUGAGCAGCCAGAAACACCCUGGGCUCAUGUUUACUCCAUUGUUAUUUUUCUCGGUCUCAACUUGGUGGCGUUCCUUAUAAUUGUCUUCUCCUAUGCAAGCAUGUUCUAUAACAUCCAGAGGACAGGCACUCAGACAACCAUGUACAGCAACCAUAUCAAAAAAGAGGUGACCAUCGCCAAGCGGUUCUUCUCCAUCGUAAUUACUGACUCUCUUUGCUGGAUCCCCAUUUUCAUCCUUAAGAUUCUGUCUCUGCUGCAACUUGAGAUUCCUGGUACGAUCUGUUCUUGGGUGGUCAUCUUUAUUCUCCCCAUCAACAGCGCCCUGAACCCCAUCCUCUACACCCUUACUACGCGGCCUUUUAAAGAAACAAUCCUUCAGGUGUGGGCUAACUAUAGACAGAAAAGGCCUCUGCUCAGCGGUCAUCCACCACAUCAUCCAUCACUCACUUGGCAGGAAAUGUGGCCCCUCCAAGAGAACAGUCACGCAGUCUCCGUGGGUUGUCCACUGGAGCCGACAGACACGGCAGCUAAGCUCACCCCUGUAGAGAAUCCAGAUGAGGGAUACAAUGACUUUAAUGCGAGCACAAAGCAGCUGAAACAGCACGCUGUGUUGUCGGUGUGCUCACAGAAUAAGACGGUACCCCAUACUCUCACGCAUAUUCACACGUUCACACAAACAAACGACCUCCUCUGAGAGUCUAAGAAUAGAGCUGCAUUGAUCUGUUUGUAUUUGGGCAUAAAUCACCUCAAUCACUGAAAUCUUUCAGGUUCAUUUGCCUAAACUCAUAUUUAUCCUCUUAAUAAAAAGGGAACCCCGCAAUCAGUGCCCACAUUUCUUAUUGAAAGUCAAAAAUGUGUCUGUACUUUUCAUUGUUUAGAAGUAAACAUAAACUUAAAGUGUAACAACCAUUUGUCAUUCAUUCACAUUUCUCCAGAAAUAACCAAUAAUUUAAAGAUGAAGACUUACAGCAUGGGUAUUACAAGGAUUUCUACUGCUUUAAAAGACCUAAGAUAAUAUAAGCUCCAGACACUAGAAUGUGAUUUUAAAGUUUAUUUAUCGCUGAAGUUUAAUUCAAUAUAGGAAAAUUUGUGUUUUUCUUUAAGGAUUUUAAUAAUUAUAGCCUACAGCUAAUGGUCAUCUUGAUUAAUGUUUCUCGUAAAAUUAAAAUAUGACUAAAAGGUUAAAGAAAUAAGGAUUUUUAUACAGGAAUAUUAUUUUCUAAAAAAAAUCAUGAACAAGCUUACAGCUUUGACAGGUCCCCAGCACUUAUGACACCUUAUGACUGAAGAAGGAUAAACCACAUAGGGUUACUGCUAAUAAAGCUGCCUGUCCCUAAGCCCUAAGCAGAUCAUUGCAAAAGGAGUCUGAGCCAAGUAUUUAGGGUAAAAACUUUACAGCAUCUGGACUUACUAUUCAGUGGGGCCAAUUCAUGAAAACAUGAAGGGCUUUGAUAAAGAAAGGAUUAUGGAAGCACCUGAAACAACUGAGGUGUGAGGGUUAGUUUCAUAUUAGUUGCUUCCCAACAACUACCCAUUAUUCCCCAGAGUUGUUCUAAAAGUUCUAUUAUUUUAGAGGAAAUGGAGAGAAAUGUAGAGCUUGUUUCAGCAGCUGUAGCAGUCAUUAAAACGUACUACAAAUAAAAGGAGUGACUGAUUCUGAUGCCAGUGAUGCAUGAGUGUAGGUGUAAUGGCUUAAAGGCUUCAGAGAAACGUUUCUGUCUAUUGUCGCGUGCUUUGCUUUAAAAAACAGAUUAGUGAUUCAGAACUAGAUCCAUUUCCCACUGUAGCCUCUGGCUCUGGUGGCGGAGCUUUUGUUGACUACGGGAGCAUACAAAGAGUGAAUAGAGAGACGUGAACCAGAAUAAUUAGGCUGUUAAGAUCUUUUCUUUUUCUUUACCUACUUUUAAUGGUUUUUAAUACAUAGAAGGGAACAAAGGUAAGCAUAAUAGUAGAAAUAACACACCUAAAUAAUUUGUUCACGUCUUAUGAAUGUUAUGGUUGUCUUUUUUUAGGACUUUCUUUUUUUAUCUGAAUGAGGAAGAUAGAAUUAAAUGAAAAAAUAUAUGACGGGUUAAACAAUCUGAGUGGAACCAAGUGUUCGGAUUUUUCAUGCACAUAUAUUCAUUUCAUUUACUGUAUGGCUCCAUAGACGAGUGAGGAACCCAUUCUCAACAUCAAAACUGGACCAUUGAGCAAUAGAAGAUGUUUUCGCU